UGCUCAAAGUAAAUUACAGGCAACACAAACAAAUUUCAAAGAAAGCUAUAUCGACCGAUGCAUUAGAUUACCUCAGUCUAUUCAUUGCACAAACCACGCUCUGGUACUCGGUCCUCCCUGGAGAUCUAUGAAACUAGGUCAUAGGGAGACACGUUUACAAACAGAUCUAGUUCACCACCUUGUUCGUUUAAUCUUUGCCCGAAACAGCAGACAUUUCCAGGAACACUUAGUCGCUCUGGAAUUGGAGGGGAGCCAUUGGACCAUCGCGACCUGUGUUGACAGACGGUUCCUGGAAUAAACGCCCGCUUUACAUGAUAUGGAGCCUUUCGGCUUGUUUCGUCAUCAGUGUUGUGACCGACUGAGUGUCAAGCGGUGUUUCUUGAAGUUGUCACAAGCAGACGGGUUGUUGAUGGGAGAAAGAAGAUUGCAUUCUUGAAGAAGUGCAGGAAAGCUAAUCUCCAACAAACAUCCAAGCAUCUGACUGGACAAAAAGGAGCCUGACACAUCCACAAUGUCAGACGCUGUGGAAGUCAUGCCCCUGGGGGAAGAUGGUUCUGAUGAUGAACAGAUGGAAAGAAGGAAUGCAGGCCCACCUGUAAAUCCUGAAGAUAUUGCUCUGGAAGCAGCUAUGAUCAGGGACAUGCAGUUAGCAACAUUAGAGAACAUGAAACCCGAUCACAUUGCUUUAUUCCAAAGCAACAAAAAGGACUUCAAUGUAGUGAAUUCUCCUGGUACAAUACUUUCUGGAAAAGUAAUCAUUAACCAGCAAGUUGCUCCUACGGGGAUUACACAAUUCGAGAAGAUGAAAGGGAGGACCAUGCGAAGACUGGACCCUUUUAAAGUGGAUUCUUAUUAUGAAACCAGAGCCACCAAAUCUGCAAAGGAGUGUUUGAUGAGUGGCAAAGUUUUACUUCAAGGCCCAGAAAAGAGUGGGAAGACAUUUAUUGGUCUGUACAUUCUCAAAACCUUUGAUCAAUCCUACAAGCCACUCUAUAUAAAAAAUCCAGCGGAUUUGGAGUACAUUCCAAAUUUAAGUGAACUUAAAGACGUUAAAAAGGACAGUCAAUAUGACAAUUACAUCAUUUUCAUUGAUGAUCCCUUUAAAAGAGGUGUUGAAAUUGAUACCCAAUUAACUGAUCUGAUGGAACUUGUAGAAUGUGGUAGAGCACAUGUUAUAAUAAGCAUAUCAACCCGGAACCAGGCAAAACUACAGGAUUCUACUCUACGUAUAUGCCAGGGGAACAAAUCCCAAUUUGGAAGGAAUCUACAAGACUUUCCUUUACAAGAACAUGAACGAUAUGAAAUUUUGAAGCAUACACUGAGACCGCCCAAAGUGAAAUCUUUAGGCCCAACAGAAGGUGCUCAAGAGGCUGUACUGCAGGAGAUUGCAAAGUCUGCUGACUACCCCUGGUUUUUCAUGGCCAUUGAGUCAAGUCGCUCUAAACAGGGCAGAGAGCUUGUGGAAAGCUUGAAGAACCCAGUUGAUACCCUGUUUCAGCAGCUCAAGCACAUGGCCGAAAAUGAAAAGGCAAAAUUUGCUGCACUUGUGAUCAUCAUGAAAGAUGGCUUCUUUGAAGACAGUACCUGUAGGCCUGCAGGAUCACCCAAAUCUCCACAAGCAAUGUUUGCAGCUUUAAAUGAGAUACUAGACACACAAGACCUAUCAGCCAAGAAGAUUUCAGAUGCAGCCAAAAAUAUGAUCGGAGAGUAUUUGAUUUACACAAACAAAACAUAUAAAGUCAUUCAUGGAUCAGUCACUGAUGCAGUUUGUAAAGUACUAUUUUCCAAAAGUGCUCAACACAUGCUGGAAUGGUGCCCCCUGAAUUAUCUCAUCCUCAAUACAGUAACCCAAGAUUGUGAAGAGGAAGAUGCAGAUAAAUUGGUCAUUGAUGAUUAUGAAGAAAUCUUGAUCACCAGGCUUUUGGGAGAGGAGUGUCUUAUGAAUGCUAUGGAAUUUCCAGGAUUUAAAUCUCAAGGCUUUGUGGACAAAAUCAAGAGUAGACUCAAGGAUAAGCUUGAAGUAAGUGAUUACAAGGAUGUUCUUUUGCAAGCUAUAACAUUAGGACAUAAUCCAUGGAUGGAGGAGAUUGUGCAGAAUGUCCUGAGGACUCUGCCCGAGAGUGGUGAGUAUGUCAAACAUCUAGCUCUGCAAAAGGCUUGUGAGGUUGGCAACAGAGAAGCCUAUGAUGAGUUGGUCACUGUGGGUGCUGAAGUCAACCUACCAUGCAUGACUGCUUGCAAGAUGGGUAAAUGUCCACAAAUUAUCCAUAAUGUUUUGAAAGAGCUUGCUAACCAGUUUCAGCAACUCUCUCCUGACAAACUGAAGGAAUGGAUUUUGAUAGUCAUUCCACAUGGAGAUACGGAUGCAAUAAAAACCUUUAUCACAAAUCUCCAAGGUCGAACUGACAGAUCUGACUUAAUGGUCAGUGCCCUGGAUGUAGCUUGCAAACUUGGAUCUCUUGAAAAAUACACUACAAUCAGUUGUGACGGAUUAAGGCCCAAUUGGACAAGUCUGUUAAUAAGUGCCAGUGAAGGUGGGAAUGAGCAUAUCAUAAGUCAACUCUUUUACCAGAGAGACCAUGCGACAGCGGAUGGCAAACCUUGCAAUACACACCUGAAGGAGAUGUUUCUGGCAGCUUGCAGAUUUAACAGAAAGGGUGCAGCUGAGCUCCUUCAAAAGAGAAAUGCCAGUGUGUUAGAUGGAGUGACAGAAUCAGGCCAGACAGCUCUUCAUCUUGCUGCAAGUGUUUCUCACACUGACAAACCAGACACUCUCACCUGGCUUCUCAAGACAAAGAAAUGGGACACCAACAGCACAGACAAUGACGGCUUUACUGCUCUGCAUUCUGCAUGUUUCACAGGGAAUGUUACAUGUGUGAAAGAAUUACUUGAUGCAGAGUUUGAUACGCAGGCACUGGAUAAACAUGGAGAUACCACACUGCAUGUUCAUCUGAAGGGAAAAUUCAUCAACAAACCUGUUGUUGAGAAGCUUGUCAAGUCUAAAAGUGCAAGUAGCGGACACUCCCACAUUGCCAGUGUUCAAAACAAUGACGAGCAAAGUCCUGCCCAUUUGCUAUGCAUGGAAGCACAUGGUAUCAUUGCAUCUAUUCUUCAGUUCUUGAUGCAGGAUGAAGAUGAAUUCAUUAAAAUGCAGAAGAAAAAAAAUGUUCAUUCUAUAGCAAGGAAAGAUAGUAAAGGGCAAACUCCCCUUCAUACUCUUGUUGCUUCAACAGGGACUGUGGACAUCUUAAGACUUCUUCUUGAGAACAAAAAUGUGAACAUACAGACGGAUGAUGCUGAGGGAAAUACUGUCCUUCAUCUUGCAUGCACAACAGGUAAUGAUGAAGUCAUCAAGAUGCUGAUGUCAAGUGCAAGUAAUACAUUAACAUACAAAGAGACAAAUAAUCAAGGACAGACACCAUUACACUGUUAUGCAGAUGCAGAAAAUGGCAAAGAGAAGAAAACAGCACAACUUUUGUGUAAAGAUGUAGAUGCAAAGGAUUUGCAAGAUCAAACAGCUUUGCAUCUUGCUGUGAGAAAACCAUACAAAUCUGAUGUUGUAAAACAACUGAUGAAUUUAGGUGCAAAUGUAGACUCAACAGACAAGAAGGGGCGAACUCCUCUGCAUAUUGUCUCCAGUAUGUCACAUGACACAAGCUUGGAAGUUGCUCAGAUGCUUGUCCAGGGCUCAAACAAGAAAAAACAGAGAGCAGACGUCAACAUUGCAGACAAUGAAAAGAUGACAGCAUUCCAUCAUGCUUUUGUAUCCAAAGGAAUUUGCAGUUCACAAGUUGCUAAGUUUCUUCUGACUCGCAGUGUAGAUAUUUGGGGUGAGAAUGUUAACACGCACUUACCAAUCCACAUCUCCUGCAUUGAAUGUUCCAUCUAUAGUCCGUUAGUGCUGAGAGUUCUUCUUGAGCAUCUUCAAGCACAUAAUGAUCCAAGUAAGAUCCAGCAAAUGCUGUCCGUUGUUGACAAGUAUGGUGAUACACCACUACAUAAAGUGUGCAUGUCUUCAGGGGAGGGGAGGAGAGACGUCGCUGAAGUCCUCAUUGGUGCUGGAGCUGAUCUCACUCUGGCUAAUGAUGCUGGUGAUACUGUGAUGGACAUAACCAGAAGGAACAGAGUAAAUGAUUUGAACGAAUUGAUGAUCAUGACAGCAUUCAUCAGGGCAUGUAAGGAAGACAUCAAUUCAGAUUUGGAGAAGUUACUAUCAUGUGAUCAAAUGAAUAGUGACAGUCUGUCCAUGAUGUUUCAAAAACUUGUCCAACUUGAUGAACGUCACACCGUUAGUGUCCUGGAGAGACUGAUUCUGAAAGGUGCGGACAUACAACGUACCACUGAAGAUGGUCUGAGUGUGAUACAUCUGGCUGCCAAGACACAAGGGGAAUUCACAGAUCGCAUUAUUGGAUUCCUCAUGGUAAAGGGAGCGGAUAUGUUAGCCGUGGACAAAGGAGGUGAAACUGCAUUACAUAAAGUGGCUGUAGGAACGACAUCCCAUUGUGCACAUCUUAUAAGAUUUCUUCAUUCAAGAGGCAUGGCAAUUGAUGGAAGAGAUCACAUGGGGAAUACUGCACUCCACAAGCUGUUUUCAGCUGAGCGUCCACUUGGUGACCACUUCAGGACUUGUAUGGAAGCACUUGUCCGACUGAAAUGUCCAGUUGAUUGUCAGAACAAACAAGGAAUUACCCCAUGUGCAUUAGCAAAGAAACAUGGUGAGGCAGUGGUUAAGGAGCUCCUGCACACAUAUUGCACAAAACUAGAUGUUCUUGACUCAAAUGCCUUGAAAGACAUUAUAGCCAAUGGAGCAGACAUCAACAGCAGGGACAACAAUGGCAACACCGUGCUGCACAAGAUCUGCACAAGGAGGGUGUCCUUUGUAUGUAACAAUGUGAAGGUCUUGCUGAAGCUGGGAGCAGACAGGUUCUUGAAGAACACAGAAGAAAAGCUGGCAUUUGACUUAGCGUGUGAGACAGGAUUAGAUGAGGAUGUGAGAGAGGCAACAGUGACCGAGAUGCCAUCACCACAAGAUCUGGAGACUGAUGGAGCUUCAGCAGGUUCAACUCCAACCACUCCUUUGCCACGUCCUCCUUGGGUAAGGUCACCAUCUACAGAGGAAUGGGUGUUUGCUCUGAGGAAUGGGAUGACUGGCAUUAGGAAUGCAGCCGGUAUGGACCACAUGGAUGAUGAAAUGGAAAACUUUGAAAGAAAUGCAAGAAGGAAAAUGAGCGAUCACUUCAACCGUUACAUGUGACUUUGAUGGAGAUGAUUUCAAAGAAAUUGAUUUUGUGUGUAUGUGAAACCUCAAUAUAUAAUUUAAACAAUGUGAAGAUACACAUUGAGAUCCUACUUGAGACACUACAUAAUCACAGGCCUUUUGUAUUGUCUAGAAUCCCUUCCAACUUGACCCUUGAAAUCCCCAUUUGAUACACCCCUUGAAAACAGACCAGCCCCACAACAGCAUGUGUGGGGGGACAUUCUGACAUAAAGUAGUUCCAAGACAAGUACCACUUUGGUGAAACCCACAAGUCAUGAGUAUGGUGCUGACAACCCUGGAAACAAUCAGGGCAAAUCUACGAUUUGAAACCGCUAUCAAAGGCUUCUGGCAUGUCUACCGGAAGCAACUCUGCACAGUGAAUUGUGACACAUGUGAAACCUGGGUCACCCAUGAACACUGGGUUGACCAUGUCCAAAACUUUUAUAAGAUUAUAUCUUCAAGUGGCAUAACUCAAGUGAGUAUGGUUUUACGCCGCUUUUAGCAAUAUUCCAGCAAUAUCAUGGCGGGGGACACCAGAAAUGGGCUUCACACAUUGUACCCAUGUCGGGAAUCGAACCCGCGUCUUCGGCGUGACAAGCGAACGCUUUAACCACUAGGCUACCCGUCCGCCCCCUGUCUUCUUAGAGAAGAUUCUGAAAGUUAGAUGAAAUGUAGAACAAACAUUUUCUUGAAUGUUUUUGUUAUAGAAGUGUAGCAGCUGUAAUAAUAGUGUAGCGAUAUGAGCAUGCAUUUGGUGAAUGGAAUCUGGCGCAUUGUAAAUGCACUUAUUAUUAUUACUAUUAGUAGUAGUAGUUAAGGGUGUUACAUCUUUAUUUUUUUUACAUAUUUACUCAAUUACUGUUGCAAUGAAUGAUUAAGUUGUAUUUAAAUGCUAGUAGCUUUCAAAUAAUUGUUUCUUCAUGAGUUGAAUUUUCAAUAAUUUGAAAUAUGUUUAUCCUCCAAUAAACAAGUCAAUUAAUUGUUUAACUAUAUUUCAUAUUGGGACUUAUCAUGAGAGCUGUAUAUACUUCUCAAAACAAGUUAAAGUGCACCCUAAUCUUUCAUAUUACUAUACUAAUAUGAAAGAACUGGGUAUUCUUUAACAUCUUGUGAGUAGUAUACAUGGUCUAAUACCAUGAAAAUACAUUUCAAUAAUCACACAAAAUCUCGACUAAAAGCAGAGUUCAUUGUAUGAAUCUGUGUUUGUAAUUCACUGUCAAAUGGCGAUGAUACCCCCUGGUAGUACCCAUCACAAACACAUGCAAAGGCAAGUCAUAUAGACGUUUAUAUGUAUAGUAGUAUAAUAGUACAUAGUUAUUCUGUUUUUGCAUCUUAUUGUUUGCAUUUGUUCAAUGUUUUUGUUAAAAAUGCACCUCAAAUUAAAUCAAACCUGACAUUUUCUUGCCUUUUGGCAGAUAUAGACCAAGAGAAUGUGUAAAACAAACAAUUAAUUUCAACUGGUGUAAUGAUAAACAAGGAAAUGUGU